AUGGAAAAAAGCCCUGGCCAGACCAAGCAUUGUCACAACCAGGGCAUUGUCCCAGAAGGAUGGGAAUGGCUGGUGGUGGCUCAGGAGGAACAACCAGAUGGGGACCAAGAGGAAGAGGUGGACAGAAACCUCUGCAAAGCUGAUAAGCAGUGCUUGAACCACUCGAAGCCUGUUGUUCUUUGGCCUCCAGCGCUUGUGGUCAAGGGCCCCUACAUUAGCUUACUGGGAUUGGCAUGGUUUGGACCACUGGGGCUAGCCGUCACCGGGGUGAACCACACUAGCUUACAAGUGGACGUGGACGCCAUAUGCAAGGAAUUUCCGGGGGUUUUCGAUGGGAAAUUGGGACAGUAUACGGGCCCCCCCAUUGCUCUACAGCUUGACCCCACAGUACGACCGGUCAGGCUCAAGGCCCGCCGGGUCCCGUUCGCCCUGAAACCCCGUAUAGACGAGGAAUUGGACCGGCUCGUGGAGCAAGGAGUGCUGGAGCCGGUGCCUAAUGCCCCCUGGGAAACCCCAAUCGUCACGCCCGUCAAGCCUAAUGGUUCAGUCCGCAUCUGCGCAGACUACAAAUGUACCAUAAACAAGGCCCUCACGGCCCAUGCAUACCCAGUGCCAGUGGUCAGCCAUGUUCUUGCCACCCUGGCUGGGUCGAAAAUUUUUGGCAAGCUGGACUUGGCCCAAGCAUAUCAACAGCUGCCAGUAGAUGAGGCCACAGCAGAGGCACAGACGAUUGUGACGCACAGAGGAGCAUUCAGGGUAAAGCGGCUGCAAUUCGGUGUCAGCGUGGCACCAGGCAUAUUCCAGAAUCUAAUGGACUCUCUACUUAAAGGGAUUCCUGGCGUCACCCCCUUCUUCGAUGAUGUGUUGAUUGCCGGGCCCACACCAGAGGAGUUUGAGGACCGCCUCCGCACCGUUCUGCACCGUUUCCAGACGGCGGGUCUCAAGGUGAAGCGGGAAAAAUGUCUACUAGGAGUGCCUCAGGUGGACUUUCUGGGAUUUAUGGUGGACGCAGAAGGGGUCCACCCGACUGGGGACAAGGUACGGGCCAUUUGUGAUGCCCCAGCGCCCAAGAACAAGACUGAACUUCAGGCCUUCUUGGGACUAUUGAACUUUUACCAUUCCUUCCUUCCCCACAAGGCGGCGGUAGCAGAGCCCCUACACAGACUCCUGGACAAGCGGGCCCCUUGGGUGUGGGGCCAGCGCCAGGAGGCCGCAUUCCAGGCAGUCAAGGACUUGCUUGUCUCAAACUCGGUCUUGGUACACUUCGACGAGAGGCUGCCGGUGGUGCUAGCAUGUGAUGCCUCGCCCUAUGGAAUUGGCGCUGUCCUGGGACACCAACUCCCGGAUGGAAGAGAGGUACCGGUGGCAUACUUUUCCCAGACAUUCAACGCAACCGAGCGGAACUACUCGCAAAUUGACAAGGAGGGUCUGGCAAUCGUGAAGGGAGUAAAAAAAUUCCAUGAUUUCUUGUACGGGCGGCCCUUCACCGUGGUGACUGACCACAAGCCGCUGCUUGGCUUAUUUGCCCCUGAAAAGCAGACCCCCCAAGUGCUGUCUCCUCGCGUCCUCAGGUGGUCAAUUUUCCUUGCCAGCUACCAGUAUGCACUGAUUCACCGUCCGGGGAAGGCGAUGGGCCAUGCGGAUGCCCUCAGCAGGCUACCACUACCGGAAACAGGCCCCGACCCAGCACCUGCACAAGAGGUUAUGAGCCUGGAGCUGCUUCCCGACCGCCCCAUUCAGGCACAAGAAGUUGCACACCAUUCCAAGAAAGAUAGGGUCAUCUCCCGGGUCCUGGACUGGGUGUGGAGGGGAUGGCCCAGCAGCAGCCCCGGGCCAGAAUUCGCCGGCUACACAACCCGCAAACAUGAACUGUCGGCCCACAAGGGGUGCCUGUUAUGGGGAAGCAGGGUCGUUGUUCCCCAGCCCCUCCGCAAAAGGGUCCUCACAGCCCUACACGAGACACACCCAGGGGUAGUAAGAAUGAAGGCCCUUGCCAGGAGUUAUGUGUGGUGGCCGGGGAUCGACGGAGAGAUAGAGGACCCAGUGUACGCAAAGAAUUUUGGGGCAGGCCCAGCAUGGGUACCCGCCACAGUCACCAGGGUCACUGGCCCCGUGUCGUACGAGGUGCUAACAGAUGGGGGGCAAUGCUGGCGCCGCCACUGCGACCAGAUACGGCGAUGAUUCCCGGGAGAAAACCAGGAGGAGGAAAGGUCAGAGGAGUCCCAAGGGAACAGAGGGGCAGUGAGGCCCAUAGAGCACGAGGGGCCAGCAGGAGAGGCAGAAUCAGUAAAUACAGAGAGGACCUG